UUGGUACUAUUUACUCGUCACUCCAGCUGUUAGCCUACUGGCAGCAUACGCUCGUGUGUGUUUGUGUUUGGCUUGAUGCAAUGCUUGAGUCGCUCUCUCUCUCUCUCUCUCUCUCUCUCUCUCUCUCUCUCUCUCUCUCUCUCUUUCUCUCUUCCUCGCCCGCCACGUGACACAGCUCGCCAAUGCCCUUCUACAACCCACUCAGCAUCAUGGCUGCGGAUGCUGCGGAUGCUCUCCUCCUGCUCCGCAUCCCGGGACCAUGGCUGCUGCCCCUGCUUCUGCUCUUCGCUUCAGAUUUCCCGGCACCUGCCCUCGGCUUGCUGGGCUUUCGCCCAGAGGACACGGGGAAAGAGCUGUCCGUGGAGGACGGGGUGCUGAAGGCGACCGAGGGAACGCGCUUCAUGCUGCGCGUGUACUAUGCAGCAGCAUCUCCGCAGAGGCUCAACCGAACUGUCAGUGGCAGCAGAGCCGACGCUGCCACUGCGCCGUGGAUCGCGUUCAUCGAGGAACCCGAACCCGGCAGAGAGGGGCAGGUCCACCCAAAGCGCAACCUGUGCGUCGAGGAAAGCGCACGGAGCUCGGACAUCGAGCUGCUCGGGACUUUCAAAUCUGCCUCCAGCCAGAACUCCAUCCUGGUGGAACUGCUCGCCAAAGACCUUCGGCGAGGAGAGAAGAUCAAAUACUACUCCAUGUGUGCCUUUGACGGGGCUAAGUGGGAGCACUUUAGGACUCGGGACUUCUGGCUCGCAGUGGUCGAGCGACCACCCCACGCAGACGGCUGGCUUCAAGCGACCCUGUCGGUGCUGUUGCUGGCGCUCUCCGCGCUUUUUAGCGGGCUCGUCAUCAGCAUGCUCGCCCUUGAUCCCGUGGAGCUGAAAGUGCUCCAAAACAGCGGCACCGAGAAGGAGCAAAAGUACGCGGGUAAGAUCGAGUCCGUGCGCAAACACGGAAACUACGUGCUCUGCACCUUGGUUCUGUGCAACGUGCUCACCAACACAUUCCUGGUAGUUUGGAUGUGCCAAAUCCUGGGACUCACGCCGCUCUCAACCGCAGCCUGCACUUUCCUAAUUUUCUUCGUAGGUGAGAUCCUCCCCCACUCCGUUGCGUCCAGGCAUGGACUUGCCAUAGCCUCCAAGACCAUCUGGUUGACACGCCUGCUGAUGCUGGUGACUUUCCCCAUCACCUACCCUAUCAGCAAGCUGCUGGACAACAUGCUGCACCAAGAAAUCAGCAACUUCUACACUCGCGAAAAGUUACUUGCGAUGCUGCGCGUCACAGACCCCUACCACGAUUUGGUAAAAGAGGAGCUCAACAUCAUCCAAGGAGCUCUGGAACUCAGGACCAAAACGGUUGAGGACGUGUUGACCCCGUUGAACGACUGCUUCAUGCUGUCUUCUGACGCCAUCCUGGAUUUCUACACCAUGUCCGAUGUCAUGCAGAGUGGUUACACUCGGAUCCCUGUGUUUGAGAACGAGAGGUCAAACAUUGUUGACAUUCUGUUUGUGAAAGACCUGGCCUUCGUGGAUCCAGACGACUGUACACCUCUUAAAACCAUCACCCAGUUCUACAAGCACCCUUUGCAUUGUGUGUUUAAUGAUACCAAGCUUGAUGCAAUGCUUGAGCAGUUCAAGAAAGGGAAAAGUCACCUGGCUAUCGUGCAGAGAGUCAACAAUGAGGGAGAAGGAGACCCUUUCUAUGAAGUCAUGGGCAUUGUGACUUUAGAGGACGUUAUUGAAGAGAUCAUUAAGUCAGAGAUUGUGGAUGAGACUGAUCUGUACACGGAUAACCGCACUAAGAGACGAGUAUCUCACCAUGAGAGGAAGCAGCAAGACUUCUCCAUUUUCAAAUUAUCUGACAGUGAGAUGAAGGUGAAGGUGUCUCCUCAGCUGCUGCUGGCCACACACCGCUUUCUAGCGACAGAAGUGGAGCCUUUUAAGCCUUCCCACCUCUCAGAGAAGAUCCUUCUGCGCCUCAUUAAGCACCCAAGUGUUGUGCAGGAGCUCAAAUUCGACGAGAAGAACAAGAAAUCACCAAAGUACUACCUCUACCAGCGCAACAAGCCUGUUGACUAUUUUGUCCUGAUUUUACAGGGUCGAGUGGAAGUUGAGAUCGGUAAAGAAGGGCUAAAGUUUGAAAAUGGUCCUUUCACUUACUACGGCAUGCCUGCCAUCAUGGCUCUUCUUCCCACUGUUCACAGGUCACCAUCACGAAGCAGCGGACUAAACCAUUCUGACACCACCAUUCACGGGGGAAGUAUGGGCCAGCUGAGCAUUAGCGGAGGGGCUUACCUACCAGACUACUCCGUCCGCCAACUCACUGACCUGCAAAUCAUCAAGAUCACCCGUAACCACUAUCAGAACGCUUUGACGGCCACUCGGAUGGACAGCUCUCCUCAGACUCCUGAUGCUGAGACACAGGCACCAGGAGAAAGAACAACCAUCCCAGAGACUCGCUCCAACAGCAUCGCCCUGCCCCUGACCCGCUCCCACCCACACACACACCACUUCAGACAACCCCACAGCACCUCCACACUCAACGAGAGGAACCGCAUCGUCAGGAGUAAAUCAGAUGGGCAGAAGAGCCCGAGUGACUCAGUGUUUCUGCGCAUGGAUGAGAUCCCCUACAUGAGGACAGAAUGUCUAGAAGAACAAGAAGGAUCUGACUCUUUGGCCGUACCUUUGGAGACGGGCCUGUCCACUUCUCAGCUGAUCAGCUCCCACUCUCUGAAUGGAUCAGAUGAGACACUGGGCAAGAAGCUGCUGCGUAAACUAAGUAACAAAAAGAGGAAAAAGUCACGUGACGGAGAGCGACCGUUAGAGGAAAGUUGUGAACAGUCCCAGGUGAAGACCUAGCACUAAGUGUGUGUGGGCCUUCACCUUUCUCACACUUCUACAAACUCCCACAAAUGUGAAAUCUCCUACAGUUUCCUGCUGUAUGUUGACUGACAUUCUUAAAGGGAUAAAAGAGCUCAAUGUGCCGAGACGGACACUGCAGAAGAUCGUAAGAAGAUCGCCUUCCAAUUUUCAACAGGGCCUAAUCCAGGAGGAAGAAGCUCUUUUACUGGAGGAUAUUUUGUUAUGAGGUGUAAAAGCUUCAGGACGUGGUCUGCUUUCAGGCAAAAAAGACUAUCCAGUCUACCCAGUCCAGUUUCGGGAUGUGGGCAAAGCAAAGAUUCUAGACACAAACAUCUUUAUGUGUUUAACAUUUUGAAGUAUUACGUAACAACUUGGAAUUUUUUUUUCAGUGCAAUGUACUGUUUGAAAGCAUUUGUAGAUGAUGAUGAUGAUGAUGUCAUCUCCAGUCACUGUGGUGAUUUCACUUGAGCCUCUGGUCCAGGCUAAGCUCACGAGCACAGGCCUACAAAGCUUCAGAUCUCCACUUGACACAAAACAAGGCCAAGCCUUCUGGGAGAGUCUGGAAAACAUGGUAAUACUUCAGUAUUUCUUUGAACUGAUCGUUUAGGUUAUUGGUUCAUUGCCAUUCAUUUUGAGAUAUUAAUUGUGAGAUAUUUGCUAGGCUGUGCCUGGUAAUUUAGCUAGAUAUUUUAACAAUAAUGGAGCACUUUGAGAGAAAGAUAAUCCUUUGAUUUGAUAUUUAUUCAUCAGUAUAAGGGUAAGUGAAUGAAACUGCCUAUAUUAGGUAAGCGCUAUUAGCUUCUUUACAAGCUCUUAGCCACAUAGAUAAUAUUUAUAUUGCUGUAUUUAUUUAUUUAUGUUAUUUUUUCUUCUUCAACCUAGCUACUAAUAAUAUACUUUUCAGGUAAACUGAUAUUCUGCCAUGAGUAUGAGGUGAAAACGAAGUAAGUAGCUGCUCAUAAUUUCUUUAAAACAAUGACUGAUUUUAGACCACAUCCAGGUAGUUGAGAGCAUUAGCAGUAGAUUUACAGGAUGAUCGAAGGUCGAAGCACAUGCAGUCAACAAAUUUUAUGUUUAGAGGAUAUAUAUAUAUAUAUAUAUAUAUAUAUACAUAUAGAUACAUACAUAUAUAUAUAUAUUAUGGCAUGCUUUUCUGAAAUAGUUAUUGCUGUUUAGAAGAAUCCUCUUAUAUUUAUAAAAUAUAAAUAGUAUUAGGCUGUAAAAAAAAAAAGGAAGCCAUAUCUUAAACUUAAACUUGAACGCAUCAGUACUGAAAGAUACCACUUUAGAUUUUGAAAGUGGUAUGCAAUGUGAUAUUCCCACACCCUGAGAUGUUUUAUAGAGCCCUUUUCUAUAUAAUAAGCCUUUACUCAUAGUAUAUGAAUCUCUUGUUUCCAAAGCCGAGCUAAAAAAAAAUGGCUAUGUUAGUGAAUGGCUUACUAUGAUAUAGUAUCCUGUCCACCCUUUAGCCUUUGCACUGGGAAUGCUGCCCACAUUCAUAGGCAUGCUGCUGCUCUCCUGUGACUCAAAUCAAAAAGAAAGAGGGGGGAUGGGGGUGUCCUUAAAGUAUACCAACGAGUACGUCUACACUCUUAAAAAUAAAGAUGCCAAAGGGGUUCUUUGAAGUGAUGGUGCAUCGAAUGACAGUGCAAUAUGACAAGGACUAAGUUUUUAAUGUCAUUCUAGUACAGUGCCUGGCCAAAAAUAAAAAUAAAGUCGCUACCUGAAUUUAACUAAAUUUAAGUAAAUGAUGUGGUGUUGCUGCAGUUGGUCAGGUCUAGGUUCAGCAACAGUAUGUCCUGAAAGAAUGAGUUCAGCUGACUACCUGAAUAUACUGAAUAUAGACCAGGUUAUUCCAUCAAUGGAUUUUUUUCUUUCCUAAUGACACGGGCAUAUUCCAUUAUGACAAUGCCAGGAUUCCUGGGGCUGGAAUUGUGAAGGAGUGGUUCAGGGAUGUGCUGGAGAAGGCUUUGUGCAGUGGUCAGACUCUACCAUUAUUAAUGCUGCAAGAUCUUGGAGAAAAAUUAAUGCAACACUGGAUUGAAAUAAAUCUUGUGGCAUUGCAGAAGCUUAUCAAAACAGUGCCACGGUGAAUGCAUGCUGCAAUCAAAGCUAAAGGCGUUUCAACUUAAUAUUUGUGUGACCUUUUUUUGGUGGAGACUUUUUUUUGGCCAGGCAGUGUAUCUGCAGGUUUGUAGUAGCUGUUAUGACCAGAAAAACUCCUGGGACCUACCAGACCACUGUUUUUUUGGAAAAAAAUUAAGAGACCACUUCAGUUUCUGAAUCAGUUUCUCUGAUUUUGCUAUUUAUAGGUAUAUAUUUAAGUAAAAAUGAACAUUGUUGUUUUAUUCUAUAAACUACAGACUACAUUUCUCCAAAAUUCCAUAUUAAAAUAAUGUCAUUUAGAGCAUUUAUUUGCAGAAAAUGAGAAAUGGCUGAAAUGACAAAAAAGAUACAGCACUUUCAGACCUCAAAUAAUGCAAAGAAAACAAGAUCAUAUUCAUAAAGUUUUAAUAGUUCAGAAAUCAAUAUUUGGUGGAACGACCCUGUUUUUUAAUCACAGUUUUCAUGCAUAUUUGGAUGUUCUCCUCCACCAGUCUUGCACACUGCUUUGGAAUAACUUUAUGCCACAUUUGGUGCAAAAAUUCAAGCAAUUCAGCUUGGUUUGAUGGUUGUGAUCAUCCAUAGUCCUCUUGAUUAUAUUCCAGAGGGUUUUCAAUUUGGUAAAAUCAAAGUUACUCAUCAUUUCUAGGUGGUCUCUUAUUUUUGUCCAAAGCUGUAUGUGGCUUUGUAUGAUGCCAUUCAAAAAUAGUACUUCUUUUAAUUUAAAGUAAAGAAAUCUUAAGGACUGCUGCUUUAAUGAGAGGUCAGAGCUGUAUGUCAAAGAACCACCGGGGAACUUUUUUAUUUUUAUUUUUCAGAGUGAUAUUACAGGUGCCAUUCUUGUAUCACUGCCAUCCUUUUCACCAGCAUGCCAAAAACCAUGACGACGAAACACCAAACCAAGUUCACAGCUCAUCCUUGCCAACAGGGUAAAAACGGUUGGGUGGCAUGGGGUAUACACAAUGGGAUGGGGGGGGGGGCUUAAUGUGUUGCAUGAAAGGCACUGCUUUAUUUUCUUUAUUUAUUUAAAAAAAAAAGAGUAUGUCCCCCUGUUAUUUUUUAUUUUAUUUAUUUUUUCCUCCUGCACGCAUCAGUAUGUUAUACUGUAGAUAACAGAGCAUCGAGAGGUUUGAGGGUUUGUUGUUUUGCACGAGGCACAGACAUCCACGAGACGCCUCUGAGCACGACUUCAUGAACUGUUUUGAAAUCGGUACCUAACCUGAUUCCAUCAGUACAGCUCAGAGGAUGUGAAAAAAAAAACUCAGAAGGAAAAAAAAAAAAAAGACUCAGGCUGGCAAUCACAUGUGAUUCUGUGAUUCCCCCACUUAAAAAAAAGCUCUGAUAAUGAUGAUGUUUAGCAAUAACAAAGCUGUAAAAUGUAAUAAUGUAAUAAUCAAGCGUGCCCCUUUUUUCUACGGACUGCUUGGCAUCUUGUUUGCUGGAAGUGCGAGUGGUGGCACUGGUGCUGCUGCUGCAGUCACUCAGGUCACAUGGACCCACGUUCUACUAUUGUGCAAUACUGUGAGCUGACCGCUGCUUUACUGAGAGCACAUGGAGCACAGGGAUGCUGGAAACAGCAGCUGGAGGCUGGAGGAGGAGUAGAAUAAGGGAGGGAGGGUGGAGAGCUAGCACUCUUGCAUCACACUGCUGCAUUGCAGUCAAAGAAACAUGUGACGCAUGCUGACGUCUGGCCUCAGCCCCCUCCACAUAUACAGGACACGGACGGACACACACAGAGACACACACAAGCUCUAGGGACUUGCAGUAGCACUGAUUAAGCUAGUAUCAGCUGGAGGAGCACAAAAUCCACUGCUUCCCUUCUGUCCUCACACAGACACACACACACUUUGAUAACGCUUACAUUAUAAAGCCUUAAAUAAACACAACAAACAAACUGGGAGGAGGGGUUACGAGAAGCUGUUCCUGCCCUGUGUUCUCAGUAAACACAGUUAGCUAAGCAAUGGUUUAAGGUUAUGUUGUAAUGUUGCUUUAAGACUACUUUAUAAACAGAGAUCUCUAUUGGAAUGUGUGUAAUGACAUGCACAAACACAAAUACACACACACACACACACACAAGAUGAUGAAGAUGUUGAUGUGGUAUUUUAUAAUCCCACAUCUCAAUAAAUAAAUGGAAUUUGACCUGCAUUCGCAACACAGUGGCGUCUGGUAUCAUUACACCACAACUGUCGGCACAAAGCACAAAACCUAAAACCAACUAUCUCUCUCAGAGCUCAUCCUCGGCCAAGGUCACAUGACCCUAUGCUUAUUCAUCCUGCCAUGAUGAUAACCUUUGACUGCUACUUGUUCAGAACAACACCGUACAUUUCUGGAAUUUGUCCAUUUCUCAAUUUCUACACCAGGGCCAUGGUUUGAAUGAGGACAGUCAUAAAAAAAAAACAGAAGACACCACCAAAAUGUUUCACAUGUUCACAUAAUGUUUAUUUCAAAGGCCUUCCAUCAGCAUUUCUCACUUUGUGUCGUUAAAUUGUGUGCAUAUAUUUUUACAUACAUUUUUUCCACAUUGAAAACUUUUAGGAUUUUUUUUUUCUGAGACAGAUUUGUGUUCUUUAUUAGUUUAUUAAGCAACAACACGGCCAAAGGGUGAACCGUACUCAUCCUAGCAGGUGUACAGAUCUGCCAAAGCUACUGACACUGACGGCAUUUUCCUAAACACACAUGCAGAGCUUUGGGAGAGGUGGAAGGACAAAGCAGCAAAUACUAAAGACACCCU